AUGGCCGCACACGCACACGCACACGGACUUGUUCAAUUCAUUCUUCCGCCUCUAAGCAGCGGCCGUCGUUGCACCAGCAAUUACAGACCGAUUCGAUGCGCAGCAGAGCGGCAGGAGCUUUUUAACCGCAUUGCCCCUGUAUAUGACAACUUGAACGAUCUGUUUAGUUUGGGAAGGCAUAGAGUAUGGAAGAGGAUGAGUGUUGCUUGGACCGGGGCCAAGGAAGGCGACACUGUGUUGGACGUGUGUUGUGGAAGUGGGGAUUUGGCUUUUCUUCUGUCAGAGAGAGUUGGUGUCAAUGGCAAGGUGAUUGCUCUGGAUUUCUCCAAGGAGCAACUACAUGUUGCGGCAUCCCGCCAACAAGAACGAACCAAGCCAUGCUACAAGAAUAUUGAGUGGGUGGAGGGAGAUGCUACCGAUUUACCCUUCUCCCACUCCUCUUUUGAUGCUGCAACCAUUGGCUACGGGUUGAGAAACAUAGUAGAUAAGAAAAAGUCUCUGCAGGAGAUGCAUCGAGUUCUAAAACCUGGUUCCAAACUAUCCGUUCUUGACUUCAACAAAAGCGCAAGCCAGCUAAUCUCUUCCAUUCAGGACUGGAUGAUCGAUCAUGUAGUAGUUCCUGUUGCCAGCGGGUAUGGCCUUGCAGAUGAGUAUUCUUACUUAAAACACUCGAUAAAGGAAUUUCUGACAGGAGAUGAGUUGGAGAAGCUGGCUAAAGAAGCUGGUUUUUCUGAGGCCAAGCAUUAUGAAAUUGGCACCGGCUUCAUGGGAAACUUGGUGGCCAAGCGUUAGGAAGGCCCUUGUGUCAAUCUGCUGGAGCUGCCUUGGUCACGAUCACACACUUCCGCAGUCUGCUGCUAUUUAUGCAAGUCUUCUUUUUGUGCUUGCCAUUAGUUUCAAAAUGAAGUUUUACAAGUAUGCAUGCUUUAGAGAUUAUUAAUCACACAAGAACCAGUUAUGCACAACAACGUGACCUUGUGUGUAUUUGAUUACUCUCUGUAAGUUGCUUACAGUGGAACAAAAAAUAAAAAUAAAAAUGAGUCUCCCUGCACAUUAAGUGCAAUUUAAAGUA